AGACCUUUUUGAGUAAAAUGUCUUCCAAAAACAAACAAUCUGCAGAGUUCAGCAUCUGCGCGCGUCUGCGCGACGCAGACAAAAGAGGCCAGAAGUUCUUCUGGCCAAAAAACAAACACCCCCUUAGCUAUGAUGGUUUCUUUUGAAGUGGCAUUCCUGUUCUCAAUGAAACCUUGUGGAGUGUUUGCAUUGUAUGGAAUGUUUUUUUUUUACAUCCGGAACUGGCUCUCAAUCUUGUUCCCUCGUCUCUUUUACCACAGAAAAUUGGAUUUGUCUGAUAAAAAAAUUGGAUUUACGAUCAUGGCAGAAAGAUUUGGAGAUUCAUAUCUGAAAAAGUGUUGCAAAGGUGGUUCCGCAAAGGUUAAGAGGAAGGUUGUAUUACGGGUGGUGCACGGUGCGAAGUGUGAAUUCCAGAUUUUGGAUCUAGAUACUGGCGAGUUCGUAAAAACUCCCUAUACCCUCAUAUGGAAUGGUGGAGUAGGUAGCAAUCUAUUGGUAGGGUCAAUAAUUUACACCAUUGGCACGCCCCAAUAUAGAAAUUUAUGCAGAGAUGAAUACUCUGAGCUUUACAGCUUCGAAAACGAGAUAGUUGAAGUUCACGAGGGCCUAUCUUAUUUUGAUUUGACUAACCCUGAAAUGGGUUGGCAAAAAGGGCCUCUUUUCAAGGAGGAUGAGUAUACUCCAAAAUGUGUCGCCUUUUGUGGUAAGCUAUAUGUGUUUAGAGGUUCUGAAUGGUCUUGUUUCGGUGAGGUUUUUGAUCCUAAGCUUAAUAUGUGGGAACACUUGCCAAAACCACCUCCUUUUUAUGGAAGGGUAUCAAGUUAUGAUGUAUCGCCUCCGCUUGUAGUUGAUCACUUGCGCGGUCGUAUCCUCGUUCACUUCCUCCUCUCUACCCCUGGUUGUUCAAUUUAUGCAUACUAUCCUGCUGAUGCUAGUUGGGAUUGCCUUGUUGAUAAAUUUGAUGGAAUUUGGGCCGGGCCAAUUGUUUUUGUUGAUGGGAUUCUCUAUAUUUAUGCCCGCAAAUCCAAACAAUUGGUCGAGGCUUAUGAUUUAAGCAGGAAACGGUGGUUGAAUGUUGUCUUAUCCUCAGAUUUCGAUGACUACUCAAAACAUGUGUUUGAUUCUUUGCACCAUCUCGGCGAUGACCUGCUGUGCUUCACUACUUACUCUUAUAAACUUACCAAUUUUGAUGAGAGAGUUACUAAAGACCACACUGUUGUUCUUUCCGUCCAAUUCAGAGUCCAACACUCAUCAGAUCAGGUGCUUCUCACUUUGGUCUCUUGCAAAUCCUCUCCAUUGGAAUCAUGCUGCCAUAUUCAUGGUCAAAUAGCUAUUUAGUUUCAGAGCAGCAAUGAAGAGUCUUCAAGAACCUUUUGCAAGUUUCAAAUUGGAGAUGUAUGAAUGUACUAUAGACUUUAUAGUAGAAGACAUGCCGGACAUGCCCAACAAAUAAAUAACAUUGGACUCAAGCAAAUAAUCAUUGUUGUGUUUUUCCUUUUUAAACUAUGAAUCAUUUAACUUGUGGGAUUCAAGUAAGGGUAAGGUCUACGUCCCUUCUCUCCACAUAUCUUAUUGUGCGAUUUAACUGGGUUGUU